AUGUCUUCGACCAUUGAGCUUGUGUCGUCUUUUAUUGAGGGCGCUCCUCCUGGCGAGCUCGCCGAUGUUGUUGCUGAUGUGCAGACUCUGACCUCCGAUGGCGACGACAUUCUCCCUUCCCUUGCUCCCGCCUUUGCUCGAUACAACGAGAGCCAGCUGGCCACCGUGAAGCUUCCUGGGUCAAGUCAAGAGGUGAUUGUCAGCGAGUUCAACCGACUGGAAGACAACCGGUACUUCGACACAGAGAGCCAGACCUCAUUUGAAAUCGACCACACCACCCAGACCGCCUCAAAUGCGCAAUCCCUACCUCUUGAAUCCCAAAACGCCGAUUUGAUUAAAUCCCUGCUUAAAUCGCUCGGUGUUCACGCAAAAGAGCACUAUCCCAAUUGCUCGUAUGGUGUCUACCCCAUCGAGAACGACUCAGCUGUGGCGAUUCUUCUGGUUGCCAACCGCUACUCUCCCAACAACUUCUGGAACGGCCGUUUCCGCGCUAUUUACCAGGUCCCCGUCUCCGCCGCGUCCACCUCCGUGACGGGUAAGAUCCAUGUGGAUGUACAUUACUAUGAGGAUGGCAAUGUCGCCAUGAAUACCACGAAGCCGAUCAAACUGUCAGUCAACUCAGUCACUGCCGAGUCCAUCAUCUCUCGCAUUGCAAUUGCCGAGCGCGACUACCAGGAGGAGCUGAAUCGGGCCUUUGUGCAGAUGGCCGAGGGUGCCUUUAAGGGACUCCGACGGCAGCUGCCCAUCACCCGCCAGAAGGUGGAAUGGGAGAAGGUUGGCGGGUAUCGCUUGGGACAGGAUAUUUCUGGAGGAAAGGGACGGUAG